ACCCCAAUCAAUUUUAUGUGUCAAUUAUUUUUAAUUAUUCGAUUUUUUUCUUCCAAUGAAAAUCAUUCAAGAUUCAAAUUUCCACACAUCGGUGAUGUAUUCAUUAUUUGACACACUUCAUUACUUGAGUUAUUACUCAAUUGUUGUUGGCGGAAACCUUUGCACCCUUGCAUAACCUAGGAUUUUAUUGGAGAAUUUCUAUAAUUUUUUAAACUAAAAAACUAGAAAUUUUAUUUCCUUGAUGCGCUCCAUAAAUAUAUUCUAUUAUAUAAUAGAUGACUUCUUUGCAAGAGUUAAAGGGUUACAAAAGCUCUCUAAGAGAGCGUACUCAGAUGCCGCCUUUCCAAAAAUCACUACUCACUAUACAAUAGUUCCUAGAGAGACGGAUCCACGAUGGAAAGAUAUAAGUAUGGAAAGAGUAGCCGACGAGACCGACAUCCUCAUAAUCGGUGGAGGUCCAGCAGGAAUGUCAGCAGCGAUUCAAGCCAAGAAAUUAGCUGAUAAAAAUGGAAAAGACAUUCGUGUAACUCUAGUGGAAAAAGCGUCAGAAGUGGGCGGUCACAUUCUGAGUGGUGCUUGCAUUGAUCCAGUUGCCCUUAACGAACUCAUUCCAAAUUGGGAGGAAUUGGGAGCACCUCUGAAGACCCCAGUAACCGAGGAUAAGUUCGCUCUCCUCACGGAGAAAGGGAGAAUUCCAAUUCCAAUAUUCAAGGGAAUGCCAAUGUACAAUCAUGGAAACUACAUUGUGAGAUUGGGGCACGUUGUUGCCUGGCUCGGAGAGCAGGCUGAGGCUGCUGGAGUGGAUAUUUACUCUGGUAUUGCAGCUUCGGAGAUUCUGUAUCAUGAGGAUGGCUCGGUCAAGGGGAUCGCUACUAAUGAUGUGGGCAUCGCCAAGGAUGGCUCGCCGAAAAGUACGUUUCAGAGGGGCAUGGAGUUACAUGCUAAGUGUACGAUAUUCGCUGAGGGGUGUCAUGGACAUUUGACGAAACAAUUGGUGAGGAAAUUGAAUCUUCGGGCUGACUGUGAACCACAGAGUUAUGGAAUUGGACUCAAAGAGAUCUGGGAGAUUCAACCGGACAAACACAGACCGGGAGCAGUGGAGCACACGAUUGGCUGGCCACUGGACAAAAACACCUACGGAGGUUCGUUUUUGUAUCACCUAAACGAGGAAACCCCAUUAGUGGCAGUGGGUUUUGUAGUCGGUCUUGAUUACUGGAAUCCGUACUUGCACCCGUUCAAGGAGUUUCAGAGGUUUAAGCAGCAUCCUGCCAUAAGACCGACUUUCGAGGGAGGAAAGAGGGUGGCUUAUGGUGCUAGAGCACUCGUAGAAGGGGGAUUCCAAAGUCUCCCGAAACUGCAGUUCCCUGGAGGGUGUCUAGUGGGUUGUACAGCUGGAUUUCUAAAUGUUCCGAAGAUCAAGGGAGUCCAUAACGCCAUGAAGAGUGGAAUGCUGGCUGUUGAGAGUGCAAUCGAAGCGAUUGUCGAUGCUGAGACGAAUUCCCCGGCGACAACUGGACUCGAGCCCAAAAAUUAUACGGAUAAGAUUAAAAAUAGUUGGAUAUGGAAGGAGCUGUAUGCCGUCAGGAACUUCAGACCUAGUUUUCAUAGCAAGCUGGGGAUGUACGGGGGUCUGAUGUACUCUGGUUUUUCGAUGCUCGUUGGGGGCAGGGAGCCUUGGACUUUGUCUCACGGAGGUGCUGAUCACACAAAAUUGAAGCCAGCCUCUCAGUGCACACCGAUAGACUACCCGAAACCCGACAACCAAGUGUCUUUUGAUCUCCUCUCCUCAGUGGCACUAACUGGAACGAAUCACGAAGGUGAUCAGCCCCCCCACCUCACCCUGAAGGAUGACACGAUACCGGUGAAGCAAAAUUUGGCCAUUUACGAUGGCCCCGAGGGUAGAUUCUGUCCUGCUGGAGUUUACGAGUUUGUACCUUUGGAGAAGGGCGAUGGACAGAGGCUACAGAUCAACGCCCAGAAUUGUAUCCACUGCAAGACGUGUGACAUCAAGGACCCCAGCCAGAACAUCAACUGGGUGGUGCCAGAGGGUGGUGGCGGCCCUGCCUACAACGGCAUGUAAGAUCCAACGAUUAAUGAUGUUUCGAUUCAUCCAUCGCAUGAUCAAGUACAAGUCUUCCCCCAGUGAACUCAUGAAAGUCAGGGUUCAUUAGUGAAGUGGUGAAGCGUAAACAAAUAAAUAAUUCUCUGAAAUUUUGAUGAAUGAGCAAUCAUCACGAGAAUUGACAGUUCGGGGAAAUCGCGUUUGACUUAUUACGUUUUACCAUUUCGUGAUUGAAUUCUUGUUGUUCAUCCUAUACGUACUGUAUAAAUAUUUUUAUAUUAGUCUUUUUUUUAUAUUACUGUAACUUAAGUUAAGCCUAAUGAUCAUUAGGAAUUUCUGCAAGCCAAUCAAUGCAAGACUGUAGAGAAAACAAUGAGGUUUAUUCAUUGAGAGAAUUAUCCCAUGUUCAAGACUACGCACAAGUGCCUUUAAAGUCUUAUCUAUGUGUAAAUAUAUUCAUUAAAAAGUAAAUUGGAGGAUCUAUUCAAUGGUCAUGUAGAUAUUUCGUGGUUUGAUUAGUGCGAAAGGCAGGCAGGUAUUUUUAUGAGGAAUGAGUUUAUGUGGAUCUCUUUUUAUAUCGUGUUGAAUCUGUUUUAAAUUGUUUAUUGAAUCUGUAAGUCGAUAUUUGAUAUGAUCGAAUAAAGAAUUUACGGUCAUUUUUGGAAUAA